AUGGCUUCCAAACUCCAAGCUCUAGCCCUAUUUCCUCUACUAGGGUUCGCCGCGGCGGCCUGUCUCUCCUCGGGUGAUCAAACCACAAUCAACAACCUAUUCAGCUCUGGAGGUGCAGGAACUGUCGUCCAGAUAUGUGCCGGUACAACCAUUUCUGUCACUGGAACAAUUAGUUUCACUGCUGAUAACCAGGAGCUAUCUACUUCUGGCUAUCCUACUGAUGAUACCAGGGCAAUCAUUCAGCCUGCUUCCGGUAGUAAUGUCAGUAUGCUGCUUAGCGGAUACGGGUAUGAUGGUUUGCGCGUCAGGAAUAUUCAAUUUGAUGGAUUGCGGCCUAGUCUGGGGCUUGUUGGAGAUGGAGGUGCAACCAUUGAGCUGGGCCAAGGCAGUAAUGGCAUUGAGAUUUCCAACAUCGUGUCUAGAAACGCUCGUGCAUGGAGUUGCCUCCAUCUGAUCCAGGGUGGGACAGACACUCCAUGCACAAAUGUCACCAUCAGCAACAAUCAAAUCGGCCCUUGUGGUAAUGAGGGUUAUAAUUCUGCUGGUGUAUCCCAGUGGGCGGAUGGCAUUUCUUUUGCGUGCCGAGAUUCGUUAAUUGAGAAUAAUUAUGUCGAAGGUAGUACGGAUGGUGGCAUCGUCCUGUUCGGCGCACCCGGUACAACUGUCCGAGGAAACACUAUCGUCUCUUCAGCUACAGAUUCCGGAUUCGGUGCGAUAAAUAUGGUUGAUUAUCUUUAUGAUGGUAGCUAUGCGAAUGUUGUGGUUACGAACAACACCAUCACCGGACAAAAACUUUUCAAUGCAGGAAUCGCAAUCGGAGCUUUUGCCUGGUCUUUCAACGAUGAUGCUUUCCUCCAAGGACCGGCGACAAUUACGAAUAAUGUGUUUAGUGGUGAUAUUCCGUUUGCUAUUGGAGUUAAUGGCUGGACUGGAGGCCUUACAGUUACCGGAAACGACGUCUCCGGCGUAAACAGCCCUUCAUCGAAUUAUUCAGACGCAAAUUCAUGCGUUACCGCAACAAGAGAUCUAUGGGAUCAAAGCGCGCAUCUCGCCUACUACCCAGCCGGUCUUACAGGCACAAGCAACCUCCAAAGCGGCUUUGUUGCAGCAGACGGAAACUCCACUAAUUUCAUCUGCACAACGCCCUCUCUUCCUUCAUCUGUCAGCUACGGCCUCAAUGAACUCGCUGCCGCACCCAACACCGUGCUGGCCAAUCUGCACAACAGUAUCUUGACGCAGUACCAAGGGGACAACAAUAUCGUCACAUACAACACGUCCACCGGAGAUUAUGUGGCCGUUUGGUCUUCGGGGCAUACUUCGACCGUCUGUGAAUCGGAUGCAAGUGCAUGUAGUUGCAACUUUCAGGGCGAUGGAAAUUGGGUUACUUAUGUUUCUGGGGUGGCGCAAUUCGUUACGAACACGGAAAAUGAGGGGCAGUUGUUGACGUUCUUGAAUAAAAGUCCGUGGAUUGAGAUUACCAAUUCUGCUGGGCAAGUGGUGUGGGAUACUACUGAUGCGUGA